AUGUAUAAAGACUUGUUUACGCAUGACAUACAAUCAUACCAGGCGCCGGUAAAAUUCCUGUUUACAUUCUCCCAACAAGAAAGGGUGGCAGUCACAUCCCAGAGCUGCGCUAUUCGCAAGAUCAAAUCUCUUCUGAGGCACCGCAUGACACCUGCUGAUCCCGAAGAACAACUCCUCGUCACCAUCUUCACAUUUCCACAUGCGAAGGGAACCUUGACGGCGCAGAAAAAGAGUACGCCUUCGUGUUUCAACUUCGGCUGCCAAAUCGGACCGAAGGAGCUGAGCCCAUACUUUCAAGCUCCGGAAUGGUGUGCGAACGUGGGGAACGUGCUUGGUCUCCUUGACGAAGCCGCCGCAACUCGCAACGAUGUUCAAUGA